UUUCUAGAAGCUUCCCACCAUCAGAUGUCUAGAAAUCUUGGCGUAUUAGGAGGGACAGCUGGAACGUUUGAUCGGACAACAACUCUAGCACGGCAGCUCUCCAUAGUGUUCCAUUAGUGUCUCACUACGCUGUGCAGCCUUAAAACAGUUUGAUUGCAGAGAUUAUCGAAAUGGACGAAACGGAAUUGUGCGCAGUUUGUUGUUCGAAAGCCUCCCAAAUUUGCGGCGGAUGCGCUCAAGUCUUUUACUGCGCCAAGGAUCACCAGAAACAACAUUGGCCGAUCCACAAGAGUCAAUGCAAACCCUACAAGAUUGUUUGCGACCAGAAAUUCGGACGCUUUAUGGUGGCGUCCAAGAAUAUCAGACCGGGUGAAAUAAUAUUUCGGGACAAGGCUUUAAUCACGGGACCCAAACAAGGUUGUCGUCCGUGUUGUCUUACGUGCUACACCAGUCUGGAGGAUGCGGAAGAGGCCAGUCUCUUCCGGUGCCCCGGAUGUGACUUCCCAUUUUGCCAAGAAGAAUGCGCAAAGAGUCCAAAUCACGAAGCCGAAUGCCUCGUAUUAAGACGAGCUCAAACACACAUUGACGACAUGAACGAAUUCCACCCGAUUUACCUGUGCAUUCUUCCACUGCGGGGCCUUUUACUUAAAACGACGCAACCGAAAUUAUUCCAAGCAUUCAGCGAAUUGGAACAUCACAACGACUUGCGACGACAGUCGAAAAUGUGGGACGUUUACCAAGUCAACGUCGUCGAAUUUCUCCGGAAUUCGUGCCAUUUGGCGGAUCAAUUUAGUCAAGAGGAAAUCCACUCGGCCUGUGGCGUCCUCGACGUCAACUCGUACGAAAUUCGAUUGUCAGACGGCCAAGGAGCGCUGGGCAUUUUCCCAUUAGCUUCGAUGCUAUCACAUCAUUGCAUUUCAAACACUCACCAUAUUAUCGACGACAAAUAUCAGAUGACGGUUCGAGCAACAGUUGCGAUCGAUAGAGGCCAGCAAAUAUUCGCCAGUUACACUUUACCGCUGGAAGGAACAAAAGAGCGAAGGGCCGUGUUGCGUCACAGCAAAUUAUUCGAAUGCGAUUGUUCCCGCUGCUCCGAUCCGACGGAAUGUUCAACUUAUUUAUCGGCCCUCUGCUGUCCAAAGUGCACGACGGGCGCCGUGCUGCCCGUCCGGCCGCUGGACGAGGCGGAAACCGAGUGGAAAUGCACCCGGUGCCCUUACAACCUUACGGCUUCCGUCGUGAACCGAGUGGUCGACCGGCUCACACAAGAAUUCCAAGCCAUCGGACCCAAUCAAGUGGAAAAAUACGAAGGAUUCCUAAAACGGCACGCCUCACUUGUCCAUCCCAAUCACUUCCUGUUCACGAGCGCCCGGCAGUCGCUGAGCCAAUUGUACGGACGGGAUGAGCGGUUCUUACUCAACACUUUGACGAUGGAACAGCUGGAACGAAAAGUUGCCAUCUGCCGGCAGUUGCUGGAUGUGGCGGAUGUCGUCGAGCCCGGCUUGACACGAAUCAGAGGUGUGACACUGUACGAGAUGCACGCUCCAAUGUUGUUGUUGGCCAGACGGGCGUUCGAGGCCGGCCAAAUCAGUUCGGCGGAAUGCCAAGAGAAAAUCGAAGCCGUGCGAGUGAUCCUGUCGGAAUCGGCCAAAAUCCUUUCGCUGGAAGAUCCCGCCUCGACGGAAGGGGCCAUGGGGACGGCAGCUGUUCAAUCCCUGGGGCAAAUUCAGCGCUGGAUGUAUUCUUUGUAACGGCCCCCACCCAUUCGCUUUGUCUAGCCAUUGUGAUCCCAGUCUUUCAAAGUUACCGACACGUAAUAAAUAGUAGGAGGACCCGUGAGCGUUAUACAAGGAUUUAAAAAAACGACUUAUAUGGUAAUGUUGAUUCAUCUGUGCUUAAAUAAAUAACCCAAACAGCUCG